ACUCUGUCAAGCUACUGGGUGGAUGAAUACUGUUUUUUGAUACGUAGGCCUUACAGAAGGAAGUACAACUUCCUUCCUCACAAACAAGUUACAGUACAAGAUGGCAAUGGCAAUGCAGCUUGUCUUCUUUCUCUACAUGUUGGUCCCCAUCACAGUGUGUGAUGAUGUUUUUAAGCUGGUUAACAGUUCUGUACAACUGGACAUACCAGAACAUUUGGAUAAGUCCUCCUCAAUUUUUUUCUGGACAUUAAAAAAAAAAGACAUUAACAUUGUGGUAUAUCUUAGAAAUACCGAGACUACAAUAUAUGAAGGAUAUGAAGAAAUGGUGGAGUUCAAUAACAAAACCUACAGUCUGACACUGAAGAACCUACAGAAGAGUGAUAGUGUAAUCUAUGAAGCAAAAGUAGCUGGAAGUCGCAAUAUAAUUGUUGCUACGUACCAAUUACAUGUGUUGGAUCCAGUGCAGAAACCAGUCCUUACUGCUUCUCUCCAGAGAAAUGACACCUGUAAUGUGACUCUCACCUGUGAAGCUCAGAAGCUCUCAGUAACCUCUCACUGCUACAAUGAUACUUGUGAUAUGAGGGAAAAGAAAACAUCUGGAGACAUGUUUCCUUUCCUCUCAUUGUAUGUUAGUAAAAGUUUUAUCAUUUGUAAUCAUAGCAACCCAGUUAGCUGGAAAAAUUACACUAUGGAGAUAAAACAUGUGAAACAACUCUGCCCUAGUGAAGGUGUAAGCAUGCACACAUACUGCCUGGUCUAAAUGUAAGAGAAUGUACCUUCUAUAUUAAUGUACUAUUACUAAUUGAUAUUUGUGGUAUGAUUACAUGAUUAAGAUUGAACAUCUCUUCCUCUCCCUGCUGUUCCUCACCAACCCUCCUCCCCAUGUUGUAUCACACUGUUGAGAUCUCACCCUCGUUCCUUAGAAAGUGUCAUUUUAAAGGGCAUGUUACUUGGGUAGAGUUAAAAUAUUCCUGGGUAUAAACAGAUGAUGUCUCAUGAAGCCUAUUUCUUUCUGCCUGUCUCUUUAAUGUCCAUACAUGUCUUCUAUAUGUAAGGAAAAUACUCUCUAGGCUAUAUUUAUACUUCCUUAAUAAAAUAAAUGAAAGUAUUUAUUUUCUUAGUGUAUAAACACAUAUUGAAAAACCUGCUGUUUUUUUCCAGAAAAUAAAAUUCCUAUCAUCUUUUCUUAUUUUUUGUCAUGGACCAUUUUAUAUACAAACACAGACCAUAGUACAGUGUGAUGCCCAAUUUUAAAAGAUGAAAUUGUCUUCCUCGAUGAUGGCAACCCUUUUUUUAACCUUUUACAAAUGAGAAUAUAUUUUUUUUUACUGACUAACUUAAAUAAUGUAAUUGUCAGGAGAACAUAGACAUUUUUUCUCUGUUCACUAUGUUCUCGUGCCAGACCACUAGAGGGCAGCCCUGCACGACCCUUCUGUUGUGUGAUUAAAUUCAUCAGUUCAUGAUGUUCGCCUGUUUUGUGUUGUUUAAUUAGCUACCUGAUUUAACCUCUUUGUCACACUAAGUCUUUCUGAACCUUCUGUUGAUGUCAGUAUAUUUUUGUGCCUAUCUUUGAACAAGUUUUUGUGUAUUCAUGACUCUAGUGUUUGUUUUCUGUUACUUAAACUAGUAGUUUCUUUUGCACUGUAAAUAAAUCUUUUCUGCACCUGA